GUCCACAGCGGUUCUGAAGGUGCUAAAAGCACGCAAGUGUAUAUUUUGCAUUGAACCUGUCAAUCCUGGGGAUUACGCAAUGUCAUCAAUUUGCACACAGUUCACCGUACAACGGGUGGAACUUUCGGAACCUGAAAGUCGCGUGACUCAAGACCGAAAGACGGAAGUUUCUCAGGGACUAAUUGACUUGAGUGACGAAGACCGAGCAUAAUGCCACACUACCACAGAGCCAUAUAGCCAAACAGUAUACUGGUCCAUGUAAAUAAAACCUGUCGGAACUACUUGGGAAUACUUCAUUAUGGAAGCUCUGAUUGGAAUUCUUAUGAUGGUUGCAGUGAGGAUCUCCAUAUUCAACGCUCACAUCUGUACCUUCCGUGAUCAACAUGACGGACUGUUUGUUGACUGUAGAGGGAGACAACUCCAGGAUAUUCCUGAUGACCUCCCAAUGAACAUGACCUUUCUUGACAUCAGUGAGAAUCGGAUAACUGCUGUGAGAAACAGGACUUUUCAACACUUUAGCUAUCUUAGGUAUAUAAACCUGAACAAUAAUUCGCUUACCACGAUGGAACUUGAUGCCUUCGUUGGCGUACUCAGCCUGACUACUCUCCUUCUUGCUAGCAACAAAUUCUCAAAUCAAAGUGACUCUUUCCCUGAAGGACUUUUCCGUGACCUCGGCAACUUGCAUACGCUCAAUCUACAGAAUAACAAGAUGACUAAAUAUCCAGAUUUGGUGUUAACUCCCCUCACCGAACUCCACAACCUGUCCAUAGACCCUGUUCGAGAUGCUGAAUUUGGACCUGGAUUCUCCAAACUGACAAAUCUUAAGGUUCUCAACAUGGACAAUGGCCACUGUUCUUUAGAAACAUUAACAAAUGAAACAUUCCGAGCUUUAAAUGGAACAAAACUCGAGGUACUCCUUCUAAAUCAUUGUCAUCAUUUAACCUCUUGUCAGGCUGGUGUUCUUGAGCCUUUGUCCCACCUAGGACAUCUGGAACUAUCCAACAAUCGAAUCGGUAUCCAUAAGGUUUUACGUCUUCUUUAUCCCUUUGUUGGAAGGAACAUGACAAGAAUAUGGUUGAACAACACAUUUAAACCCAUAGUUCGCUUGAAGGAAGAUCUGGAAGAUCGCAUGAUUACAGAAAAUAGAACACGCUUUUUGGUUCAGAGAUGUGUUUUUUUAGAGUUGUCCUUAAAGGGUAACCGGAUACGUUUAAUUGAAGCAGGUUCUAUCAACAAGUCCCCAAUUCGUGAAUGUUUGGAAAUAAUCGAUCUCUCACAAAACAGUCUUAUUGGAGAUGUCAGUUUCGUGUUAUUUCUUGCCAUUUUCUCAAAACUGAGAUAUGUCAAGCAAGCCAUCAACACCAUGUACACGAUGGAACUGAAAGCAGAUGGGAACAGGCAGAAGGGAAAACACCGAAAAUCUUCACACGUUGCUUUUGGAUACAACCAGCAACAUGAUAUUGUUCGUAUAAACGGGUUGGAAAAUGUAAGUCGUGUUGACUUAUCUGGAAACAAACUUGGCAGUGUCACUGACGACUUUUUAAAGUCAUUUUCAAACGUCAAAUCAUUAUCUUUGAAAGAUUGCAACCUACAAUUUGCUAACGAUGUGCUAAGAGCUCGGAAUAUAUUUGAUGCCCUCAAACUGAUGGAAUGUUUGGAUCUUUCAUUAAAUGACCUUCAGUUAUUUCCAUUCAUCCUAAAUCAAAAUAGAAUCAUUCAUCUCAUUCUAUCGCAAAACAAAUUUGACACAAUUCCCAUUGUGACAGAGAAUUUUCCAAGCCUUAUUCUUCUGAACAUGUCAUUUAAUACGAUAGGGCAUUUGGACAGGUUUACACGAUCUGACUUGGAUACCUCGGCUGCAAGGAACAGUCUGAAAGUCGCAUUUGUUGGCAACAUCUUUUCCUGUGGUUGUGACACUCUGGACUUUAUACUGUGGCUGAUGGACUCACCAGUAGUCUAUGAGUCUGACAAGAAUUUCCCUUGUAUUCAGGACAAUGGACAAAUGACAGGAACUGCUGAGGUUGCUGUUGAAUACAUGCGCAUAUAUCGUUAUUGUACUGGCAAAUGGAUCCUCACCCUCACAGUCACAUGUUUGGCUCUCUUUUUGACGUCGACCUUAACAAUAUACCUUAUUUCCAAGAACCCAACCAGAUUAAAAAAUAUUAUCAUGGGAACGCUAGGAUUUGGGGUCAAGUAUCUUACUCAAAAAGAUUUUUCUUUCAAGCUCUACAUCGGAUAUUGUGAAGCUGACAUUGCAUUUGUCUAUCGGAGACUUCGGCCUGCAUUAGAGCAGUGUGAACACCCUGUGCGUCUCUUCCUUAAAGAUCGGGAAGUACUUCCGGGUCAUGACAUUGCUGACGGAAUUAUAGAAGGUAUCAAUAAGAGUUGGAAGACCGUUCUUCUUGUAUCAUCUGACUUCCUCGAAGAUGACUCUGCGUGGUCACAUUUUACCACCAAAGCAGCAAUAUACUCUGCGAAUGCUCUCAUUCCUAACCGGAUACUGAUCCUACUGAUGGGUGAAGUCCAAGUACAGGACCUACCUCUGUGUCUGUUAAACGUGGUUGAAGAGGAAUUCAUAAUUCAUGUUGAUGAUUAUCCUGAGGCAAAGUUGUGGAAACAUCUGAGACAAAUUGCCAAUCUGGAACACUAAUGGCUUUAUAAUUGAUAUAAUAAUAAUAAUAGCAGAUUUGUAUUGCGCUUUUCCAUACUUGGAUAUUAUGCACAAAGCGCAGUGAGAUUUGAUCAGAAGAAAGCUUGGCGGAAAAGAUGGGUUUUGAUAGCUGUUUUGAAGGCAGAACAGGUUUGACACUGGCGAACAUCAAGGGGAAGAUUGUUCCAGGCAGGGGCUGCAGCAUAUGCAAACGAUUUCUUCCCAUAACUAGAGAGUUUCACUUUUGGAACAAUAAACAGAUGUUUGAAUUCAGACCGAAGGGUUCUGCUGGGACAGUACAAUGGAAGUGAGUCACAGAGAUACUGUGGGGCUGUUUGAGAGUAGCAUUGGAAUGCCAGAUAAAGGAGCUUAAAGUCGAUUCGUUGUUUUACUGGAAGCCAGUGGAGUUCUUGGAGGAUGGGUGUGAUGUGGUUCGACAUGGGUGAC